AGACGUCUUCAUCCCUCCUUCACAGCUCGUCUCGAUAUUGCGGAUAGGAAUCUCCUCCUUCGACAGACAUUGGUGUUGGAGGAACUUGUCGAGCUUGAGAGGGUUCGGCAACGGCAGCCGGAUCCCCUUGGGGAUCUUGAGCUGGUUACAACCGUUCGCCACAGCCCUCGUCGAACCUGAGCUAAUUCUUCUAUAGAUGGGCUUCGGGGACCAGCCCUGUGAAUGGUCCCUGGCCCUGAUGACAGACUCUUCUGUUUAGAGAAGACUCUCGAGGGGUCGGCCAGCAAAGUCGAACUCCCACCUGUCCGUGGUGCUGGCUACGAACCUUCAGCUUCGUCUGGAGAGCCAACGGGAGUCGCAUUCAUCCAAGUAAGUACUGCAACCUCAUUUUGGUUUGAUGCCAGACUGCUUCUUUGGGUCAGCAUACAGGCACACAGCUUUCAUAGACAUGGACAUGGACAUCAACUCCCAUCCCAGAUCAACUCUCCUCGAAAACAUCCGACACCUCGUCUCCAAAACGCCAACGAACCUGCCUUCGCUCUCGUAGCCCAUCAAAUACCAAAGCGAUAUCAAACACAGAUAACACCUUCUUCAACCUCGUCACCUCACCAUCAAUCUUCCUCCUCUUGCAUACCACCAACACCUCGACCGAUCAUAACCUAUAGAUGUAGACGGCCGGGUAACAUUACGAAAAGGGAUACAUAUGUGAAAUGGACUGUUCCCGUCUGGCGAUAUCCAAAAGCGGUCGAAUAUGAUGGUAGGGCAGGUUAUCCACCUCGCUGGCGCUGUAGAUAGCAUGAUCCGUGCAAAACUUGGCAAGGUAUACAGUCGAUACGCUUUUCCCACGUCGAUAAUCCACAGCAAUAUAAUCGUCUCAAUUCCCCACCGCCUUUGUUUUGUGGAAUUCUUCUCUUUCUACCAGCGGUG